AUGUCUGUUGACGCCAAGAGAGAUUCUGCCGAUACACUGAGGUACAACAUCAGUUCCCAAGACAAGGCAAACAUGAAUGUUUCAUCAUUGAGCACACAACAGAAGCCGUUUGAUUUUUUGCGCCUGUUAUAUGAGGGUGCUGUAGCUGGAGCUGCUGCUGGUGUCGUGGUGGAAACUGUUUUAUACCCAAUUGAUACAAUUAAAACUCGACUUCAAGCAGUUCGUGGCGGGGGAGAAAUUAUUUUGAAAGGUCUUUACUCUGGAUUGGCUGGAAAUCUUGUGGGUGUUUUACCGGCAUCGGCAAUAUUUGUUGGUGUAUAUGAACCUGCCAAGCAGAAGUUGCUGAAGAGCCUUCCUGAGAAUUUCUCUGCCUUAGCUCACCUGACUGCAGGUGCUAUUGGAGGGGCUGCUUCUUCCAUAGUUCGUGUUCCUACUGAAGUUGUUAAGCAAAGGAUGCAGACCGGACAAUUUGCCUCUGCCCCCGAUGCUGUUCGUAUUAUCGUUGCUAAGGAGGGUAUUAGAGGCCUUUAUGCAGGAUAUGGAUCCUUCCUAUUGCGAGACUUGCCCUUCGAUGCAAUUCAGUUCUGCAUAUAUGAGCAGAUUCGAAUUGGCUAUAGACUAGCAGCAAGAAGGGAUUUGAGUGACCCUGAAAAUGCAAUGAUUGGUGCUUUUGCAGGUGCUAUCACUGGCGCUAUAACAACUCCUCUUGAUGUGAUAAAAACUCGAUUGAUGGUUCAGGGAUCAGCAACGCAGUACAAGGGUAUUUUCCAUUGUGUUAGUACUAUCACAAGAGAAGAAGGCUCCUCUGCAUUUUUUAAGGGUAUGGGGCCAAGAGUAUUAUGGAUAGGUAUCGGUGGUUCUAUAUUCUUUGGUGUUCUUGAGAGAACAAAGCUACUGCUCGCCCAGAAGCGUCCUCUUGAACGAGGUUCCAAUUCUUUGAAGCCGGUGUAA